AUGCCGCACAGAAAUGUGGUGACUUGGAACUGUAUGAUUUCUGGGUUUGGUAGAAAUCUUAUGAUUAAUGAAGCUCGUCGUAUGUUUGAUGUUAUGCCUGCUAAGAAUGUUGUUUCAUGGACUGCAAUGUUAAGUGGGUAUACUGGGUGUGCUAAGUUGGAAGAAGCGCGAAUUUUGUUUGAUCAGAUACCAGAUAAAUUGAAAAAUCAUGUUUGUUGGGAUGUAAUGUUAAAUGGGUAUAUAAAAAAUGGAAGAAUAGAUGAGGCUAGAGAAUUAUUUGACCAAUGUCAUAAUCGAAAUGUUGGUAUUUGUAAUAGAAUGCUGAAUGGUUAUGUUCAAUUGGGAUGUGUUGAAGAGGCGUAUGAGUUAUUCUUAAGCAUGCCUGAGCGUGAUUUGGCUUCGUGGACUAGUAUGCUAACUUGUUUUGCAAAAGCAGGGUUAAUGAACGAGGCGAAGGCCUUAUUUGGUGAUAUUCCUUUCGAAAAGGAUGCACAAGCUUGGACUGCUAUGAUCCGAGGUUAUAUGCAAAAUGGCAUGGUAGACGAGGGUUUGGAAUUAUUCCAAACGAUGCCACAUAAGGACAUUGUUGCUUGGAACUGUAUGAUAAGCGGGUUUGUUGAAAAUGGUAGAUUAAAAGAGGCUUUGGAUUUGUAUAGGAGGAUGCCAAAGAGGAAUAUCAUUUCAUCAAAUUCAAUACUAUAUGGGUUUGUCCUAGAGGGAGAUAUAAUAAAUGCUCAAAACUUCUUCGAAAAUAUUAUGAAUCAGAGAGAUACAGCUUCUUGGAAUACAUUGAUUUCUGGGAUUCAAACAGAGGAAGCUUUGUACUUGUUUUCUGAAAUGAAAAGACGAGAAUUUAGGCCUGAUCAAACGACGUACAUAACCACUGUGUCUAUAUGCGGUUCACUUGCUCUACAUGGUUGGGGUAAAGCACUCCAUCUACAAACAAUUAAAACUAGUUAUGUGCAUGAUGUAUUGGUUUCUAGUUCACUUAUAUCUAUGUAUUCUAAAUGUGGGCUGAUAAAUGAUGCUGCCACCUUGUUCAGAAGCAUAGAUUAUCGAGAUACUGUGACUUGGAACACCAUGAUAGUGGCUCAAGCAUACCAUGGAUCUGUAGGUCAGGCACUCGAGUUUCACUCUUCUAUGAUUCAGUCAGGCUGUAAACCUAACCAUGUUACAUUUCUAGCCCUCUUGACUGUUUGUGCGCAUCAAGGUCUAGUUAAAGAAGGACAAAAUUAUUUUAUGUCUAUGGAAAGCGAGUGGCAUAUUAGUCCAAGGCCUGAGCAUUAUGCGUGCAUGGUUGAUCUGUUUGGAAGAUCUGGCAUGUUAUAUGAAGCUUAUGAGUUGGUAGAGCAAAUGCCAUUAGAUGCUCCAUCUUAUGCUUGGGAAACCUUAUUGAACUAUUGUAAAUUACACGGAAAUUUUGAGCUUGGAGAGAUAGUUUCGCAAAAGAUUCUGAAAACUAGCCCUUCAAAUGCAGAGAUGAACGUGCUCUUAUCGAAUAUAUAUGCUGCAAAGGGAUUAUGGGAUGAAUCUGAAAACGUUAGAACGGCGAUGAAACAACAGGAUGUGAAGAAAGAAGUAGGAUGUAGUUGGGUGGAACUAGGGGGAUCAACAUGUAAAUUUGUGUAUAAUGACAGGUCUCAUCCAAAAACAGAGGAAAUUUACAGGGAGAUUGAGAAUCUUUCUGUCAUUAUCAAAAGGAUUAGCACAAUGAUAUAA